AUGUGGCGGCUUGCGACUCCUUUGGGGCUGGGCUGCUGCGCGCUAGCAUCCGGGUCCCCGACCUGCCACGCAGGCUCUGACACAGACAGUGCAUCGGCGUUGCAACUCCCACCACGCGCGCCGCAGAAGCCGUGCCUGUCUUUCAUCCACAUCCCGAAGGCAGGUGGUUCCAACAUCGAGAACCUCAUUGCUCAUGCGGUGGGCUUCCACGGCCUGGUCGAGAAUCCGCCCGACUGCAGGGUCCUUCGAAAAAUGGAGGGCAAUGCGCGACUUUGGGGCAUGUGCGAUGACAGGCUGCAGUGUGCCUCGCGGAAGAACUGCGGAUGGUCCUGUGGUGACUGCUGUUACGUCAAUGCGUCCUUCGUCCCGGUUCCCACGCCCAAGGCCCAAGUGGGCUUUUACAGCCUUGGUACUCCCACGGUUCCGGAGUCUUACAACGAGAGCAUUGGCGAAACAGCCUCAAUCCACUGCUUGUUGUUUGCGAGCCGGCCACCGCAAAAAGCCCCAGGUUAUGUUGUCCUCACAGGAUGGAUCGACCUGCCUUUGCACUUCUGUUUUGAAGGAUUGGUGAUCAAGGCCGCUACAUCGCGCGGUGUGCCCCCGUCACCUUCCGUUGGUGCUCUUUGCGAUCAACUCCUUUGCGACUUCUACGCCCCUCACUUCGCAGCCAUGCGUGAGGCCAUCUGCAUCCACAUCGGCCAGGGCGGUGUGCAGAUCGGAAACGCCUGCUGGGAGCUCUUCUGCCUCGAGCAUGGUAUCCAGCCGGAUGGCCAGAUGCCCAGCGACAAGACCAUCGGUGGUGGAGAUGACGCAUUUAAUACUUUCUUCUCCGAAACCGGUGCUGGAAAGCACGUUCCUCGCUGCGUCAUGGUGGAUCUUGAGCCGACCGUCGUGGACGAAGUUCGCACAGGAACUUACCGUCAGCUCUUCCAUCCGGAGCAGCUGAUCUCUGGCAAGGAAGAUGCUGCGAACAAUUUCGCGCGCGGCCACUACACGAUCGGCAAGGAAAUCGUGGACUUGGUUCUUGACAGGAUCCGCAAGCUGGCCGACAACUGCACCGGGCUACAGGGAUUUUGCGUCUACAACGCCUGCGGUGGAGGAACGGGCUCUGGCCUGGGUUGCCUCAUGCUGGAGCGCUUGUCCGUGGACUAUGGCAAGAAGAGCAAGAUCUCUUUCACGGUGUGGUGCUGCCCGCAGGUGGCAACAGCAGUCGUCGAGCCGUACAACACAGUGUUGUGUGUCCACUCCCUUUUGGAGCAUACGGAUGUGACGAUCAUGUACGACAACGAGGCCUUGUAUGACAUUUGCCGCAGGAACCUGGACAUCGAGCGUCCCACGUACACGAACCUGAAUCGUUUGAUCGCCCAGAUCAUCAGCUCUCUCACGGCCAGUCUUCGCUUCGACGGAGCCUUGAACGUGGACAUCACGGAGUUCCAGACGAACCUGGUGCCGUACCCGCGCAUCCACUUCAUGCUUACGUCCUAUGCUCCGGUCAUCUCUGCAGAGAAGGCCUACCACGAGCAGCUGUCCGUGGCUGAGAUCACGAUGUCAGUCUUCGAGCCGGCAUCGAUGAUGGUGAAGUGUGAUCCUCGGCACGGGAAGUACAUGGCCUGCUGCAUGAUGUACCGCGGCGAUGUUGUGCCAAAGGAUGUGAAUGCGGCCGUGGCCACCAUCAAGACCAAGCGCACCAUCCAAUUCGUGGACUGGUGCCCGACGGGCUUCAAGUGUGGCAUCAACUACCAGCCACCCACCGUGGUCCCAGGUGGCGACUUGGCAAAGGUCAUGCGCGCUUGCUGCAUGAUCUCCAACUCCACGGCCAUCGCCGAAGUCUUCUCUCGCAUCGACCACAAGUUCGACCUCAUGUACUCGAAGCGAGCCUUCGUGCACCACUACGUUGGUGAAGGUAUGGAGGAGGGUGAGUUCUCGGAGGCGCGCGAGGAUUUGGCCGCCUUGGAGAAGGACUACGAAGAGGUCGGCAUUGAAACAGCAGAAGGCGAAGGCGAAGAGGAGGGCUACGGAGACGAGUUCUGA